AUGGAGGCGGAAGAGUUGGCGCAGGCGGUGAUUCCGGCAACAGGGCCAGAGGCGGCCGAUCCCUGGGCAGGGCUGCAAGAGGCGGAGCAGCCCGCGGAAGCAGAGCUUCCGGCAGCGCAGAAGGGAGCGGCCGCCAAGCUCAUUGCGCGCGGCAGCACGGGCUACAAGGGUGUGCACAUAAAGCCCUCCUCUGGCCGCUUCCAGGCGCAGCAAACUGUGAAGGGCAGGUCCACCUCGAUCGGUGUCUUUGACUCGGCGGUUGAGGCGGCGGUGGCGUACGCGCGGGCGGUGGGGGAGUACCAGCCACGGCCUCCGCCGGCGGCGGUGGUGGUGCCUGAGGGCCUACGCUUGCACCACUCUAUUAGCAGCAGCGGCUACAAGGGCGUGAAAGAGCACGCCUCAGGCCGUUUCGAGGCGAGGCGCUACGAGAACGGGAGGCCUGUAUCCCUGGGCUACUUUGCCACCGCGGUCGAGGCGGCAGUGGCCUACGCGCGUGCCGCCGGGGAGCCAUCGAGGCUGCUGGCCGUGGCUGAGGUGGAGCUGGCGGCAGCGGCGGCGUGCGAUGAUGAAGCGGUGGCGCUCAGAGAAAGCGCCUUACGCAACCAGCUAGGCAGGGCUCCAGGGGACGCUGCGCCACACCUUCCUUGCGCCUCGCCAGUUGCCUUUGCGCCGGCACCUUUGCCACCAGCGCCGGCACUUGCCCUGGCUCCUGCGCCGGCGCCAAGUGGGCGGGUUGGGUGGGAGAGGACUUAG